AUGGACCCAUCCAUGUACCCGGGCGCAUCUGCAACAUACUUAUCAUAUCCACAACAGAAUGCUAGUCAAGACUACCUGGGAGCAUACGCAGCACAGACAACUACAACGACAAGGAAUACUGCAAAUGGCUCAACCUCAUCGGACCACCUACUGGGCGACCCCAGUUCUUCCUGCUCACCACGAGAAACCUCACCAAGCACCACAAGCCUUGUGCUCACCAUACGACUCCUCAUGCAGGGCAAAGAAGUCGGUAGUAUAAUCGGCAAAAAAGGAGAUCAAAUCAAAAAGAUUCGCGAAGAAUCCGGCGCGAAAAUCAACAUCUCCGAUGGCUCGUGCCCCGAGAGAAUUGUGACGAUUACGGGGACUCUUGGCGUUAUCGGAAAGGCUUUUAAUAUGGUUUGCAAUAAAUUCGAAGAGGAUAUGCUGUUACUGCCGAAUUCUGUACCAAAACCACCGAUUACCAUGAGGGUUAUCGUGCCGGCGACACAGUGUGGAAGUUUGAUCGGGAAGGGUGGGAGCAAGAUUAAGGAUAUUCGGGAGGCAACGGGCGCCUCGAUCCAAGUGGCUUCAGAGAUGCUACCCCACUCGACAGAACGUGCAGUGACCUUAUCAGGCACCGCAGACGCAAUCAACCUGUGUAUGACACAAGUUUGUCAGAUUCUUCUUGAGGCUCCACCAAAAGGCUCCACAAUCACAUACCGCCCAAAACCAACGUUCAACCCAUUGGCAAUCGCCACGUCAGCGGCUACAAUUGCCGCACAACAACAACAGGCACAGGCUCAACAGCAACUCGCCGCGGCAGCACUUAUGGGUGGCGGACAGGGAGUCCAGGUACAGCAGCAACUGGUCACUAACGCACUGCUCCAACAACAUCAAUUUGCAGCCGUUCAACAAGAGCUAGCCGCCCGUGCCGCUCUCUUCAAUCAACAGCUUAUGAUGCCCGGACAACAGCAGCAGGCUUCACAGGCUCAAGAAGUAUACUUGGGUCAACAUGGGCUGAUCUACACGGCAAAUGGAGUCCAACUCGGCGGUCAGGACAACUCCAAGGCUAUGGAAGCCGGUGCGGCAGCGGCUGCAGCUGCUCAGUGGCAGGGCUAUGAUAUGGCUGCCAUGCAACAGCAGCAGCAACAACAGCAACAAUUAUUGAAUCAAUAUGCUCUUAAUCAGAGUAUGCUAAUCGGCGCCCCGUUCAUGAAGGGCGGCCCCACACCGCCCGGGACCACUUCUGGAAAAGCCACGUCAUCGGGAGCUUCUGCUCAAGGAGCCGCCACGUCAUCGGCACGAUUUCAUCCAUAUUAAAUAAAGAUUUGUGGGGAUUUUUAGGGUUAAAAAAAGAAUUUUUUUUUUGAAUUUUUUUUUUUCAAAAAAUUUUUGUCCCAAAAAUUUUCAAAAAAAUUUUUUUUUUUUUCUAAAAAUCCUCAAAUUCUUUUUUCAAACGACUAAUAAGAUUCCCCAAUGCUUUUUGUGAUAUUUUUCUCAAUAAAUACCCAUCAAACCA